AGAGCGGAGAAGAUUAGCCAAUCGGAGGAGCUGUUACAGUGCACCAGGAAGUAGUGUGCACAACACGGGAGGCAUGGGGAAGGGGAGAUGACGCGUUUGCCCUCAGCUGUGCGUGUGCCGGAGUGACAGGGAUCACUCCCCGCGUCUGCCGGUGCCCGAGCUGCGGGAUAGAGGGGAUAAGAAAUAAUUGUGAAAUAUGGCUCUGAUAAUUCGGAUUUACACAACCGCUCAUUGCGUGACACGUCUGAAAGGUACAUGUCGGAGAGAUGUUGCAAACCUAGCCCUUACCAACAUGCUGCGGGGACGAUUCUACACGCAGCCGGCACAGCUCCUUAGCAGGAAAGAAAAAACGUCCAGGGAGAAUGAGAACCUGCUUAGAAAUCUUCAGCUCAUGGGGGUUGACGUUUCAAAGACCAGGAAUCGCGAGUCGUUUAUUCUCAGGCGGCCGAUCACUUACGAGCGCAUUCUCCAGGAAUUUCUCCAGGAAAAAGGAGCUAGCACACAUAUGGUAGCAAGCAUCAUAUCCCGGUACCCACGGGCAAUCGGUCACAACUCUGAAGCCUUGUGUGAUCUGUGGAACGUUUGGAAAAGUGUUCUGGAUACUGACUCUGCGGUGCUAAAUGUCGUGAACCGAUCUCCGGAAUCCUUCUUCCGAACAGUCAAUAUUGACAACUUAAAGGAUAACAUUCGUUUUUUCCGGUUUCUCGGUUUGUCCCCGAAGAUUCUAAGCCAGUUGAUGGCCAAGGCACCUCGAACAUUUGCCAACAGUGUCCAGCUAAACAAACAGAAAGUAUUCUUCUUACAAGAAGUCUGCACUAGCCUGGGUGGGGAGAACUGUCGGGAGUUUGUCCAACACAUCAUUGAACAAAAUAUAUUUAUUUUAACCAGAAGUACCAAGCGCAUCCAAGCCAACAUUGUGACGAUCGAGUCCCUUAUGAAGUUGGAUAAAAAAGCUCUCCUGCUGUGGAUCCAGUCUGAUGGCGCUCACCUGCUCAGCCUCAGCUACACAUAUUUUGAAAAUAACUUUAAAAACGCCCAGGAAAAACUACAAGCCUUGGGUUUUUCGGAAGACGAGGUAACCCGGUAUAUUUUCAUGUCUCCCAAAGUUCUCCUUAUGACUCCCCAAAACUUUGCCAAGAAGGUCAAUCUACUUCUGGAAUGUGGCAUUGAAACUAGGGAGAUCCUUAACACCCCUAAUGUACUGGCCAUGGGGAUGGAUCACAUCGAAAGAAAAAUUAAGGACCUUUCCAAAUAUGGUUUUGACUUCAAGUCUUCUGGGCUUGGCAUUUUGAAUCUGUCCACCACAAAAUACAUGUCUAAGCUGGAACAGUUGGCAAGUUCUGCAUCGCUAGAGAAGACUGAUAAAAAAUAGCAUUGUCUCCUUUUCUACCACAGUUAAACGGGAAUUAGUUUGAGAACACAGCCAUUUGUUUUUUUUCCCCCCAGUAUCUUCAUGAACCAUCCUUCCACAGUGCCGCUGUAUGCCUGUCCGCACUACCACAUAUUAUUGGCACCAGAGACUCCUUGCACCAUUGGUAUCACAUGCUUGCCUACUGCACCAGGAAAUACUGACUUUGUCAUUCCACUACUGGCACUCUCUAUAGUAUGCCAACCUGUGCGGCCACAUGUAAGCCAGUGUUUACUAUAGCAAGGCAGUACUACCAUAUAGUAGCCAGUACCCCACAGUAUACCGGGUCCCAGUGCCAGCUACUGCCGCCACAAUGUGCCAUGCAAUCUUCCCAAAUAUUAACCAGUGUUCCACAGUAUGCCAAUACACUCACUGUAUGCCAGCUGUGUUUUUACAUACUAGCUAAUGUUCUAGUACGUGCAGGUUAUUCAUGUAGCCCCUUCCGUCCUGUAACAGCUGACAAAUGGCGGUUUUGAAAAGCUGCCGCCUACUAAAUAUACCAAGUUAUAGAAUUAUUUUCAGUUCUGCUCCAUUUAAGAUUUUCCCUUUUUUUUUUUUUUUUCCCCUGCCCCCACAUGACACAUGCAGCAGAGGAACACACCCCACAAUGCAGUCUGCAGCGUCUCCCCUGUACUGGAAUACCAUGUACUCCCAGAGCUAAUGUUCUGCUUUCAUACUGCCUAUCACACACACUGGCAAAACCACACCAUUUAGAAAAGUGCGUCUCCCAGGAAUAUUAGUCUAGCAGUAUUUCUCAACUCCAGUUCUCGGAGAACCCUAAGGGGUUAAUUCUAUUAGCCAUGAAGGGGGCGAGUUGCAGGUUCAAUGGCGUAGAAACUUUUGCAAUGGCACCACAACUCGCCCCCCUUCGUGCCUGAUAUUGUCACGGAUUUUUGUAUGCAGUCAUAUGGAGCUGCGGACAUAGGGGGUCACCAUGCAGACCCGAACGUAGCCACGCAUCUGUAUUCGGGUGGUCUGCGCACAUGCACUGGCUGCAGUGCGCCACCUUACACAUUGCAGCUGCAUCCAUUAAGGAUGCAGCCGCAGUGUGAUUGACAGCGGCGGGCGUUCAUGGGGCGACGAUGAUACGGUAGGUGGGCGGGCCAAACAAAGGAAUGCCGUGACUGUUUUCGGGGUGGCUGUGUGACGUCACACACACACUGGCUGUGAUUUAAAAAUGGAGGCUGACCGCCUGUCUGCGCUACCAGGGGUCAACCUUAUUUUGAUGCAUUCGCAAUUUAAUUGCAGACGCAUGGGGAGGUGGUGCAUCACAUAUGCUGGGCGGCCUUGCCCUGUGCAGCCCCCAGCAUGUGAGGAGAUGGACGCAGAUCUGGCUGCAUAUACAGCAAUCUGCGUCCAUCUCUGAAUCGGGCCCAUAGACUCUCCAUGUCCGGAGGAACCAUAAGCACCUAAUAGGAUUGACCCCUUAAGUGUGCAUGUUUCCCAUACUCUGUGCUGGAGCACAGGUGUACUCAUUACUGACUGAUUUAUACUUCCUGCUGAAACCCCCCCGAGAGGCUGUCACUUAGUAAAUAUACCCCAUGUAUCGGUGUUCCCCAAACCAGUUAGAUUGUGGGCUCAUUUGGGAAGGGCCGCCUUUACUUUGUGCUUCCUGACGCUAUAUGCAAUGUAUAUGUUUCAUGUGUAUACAUCAGAAUGCCAGCACUGGAUUGUUGGCAUUGCCGACAGCCUGGGUAGGGGUUAGGUUUUGGCUAUGGUUAGGGUAAGGCUUAGUUGACAAGUCUAUGAAAAAUGCAUUGUUGACAUGCCGACUGUCGGCAUUCUGGCACCACAACCGUUUUAUGACUCCCUCAAAUAUGAUUGUAAAUCAGGGAUAAUAAAAUGUUUGGGUUUUUCUCAGUAACUGUGCAUUUCACUAGUGGAUUUUAUUCAAGCAACAGCGACGACAAAAUAAAAUAUAUUUUUAAUAA